UGCUGGACCUGUAGGUCCAGGGGACAAGAUCAAUAGUUCAGAUGUCUAUUUGAUCAUGAAAUGUUGUGACGGAAACGGACGUCUCUUAAAACCUUCACUUCCUGCUACUGCCAUCGACAGACAAAUCAUCAAGGAUGCCAUUCCAUCCGCUGAUGAUCCUGUAGGGGAAGUGUGGACGUCUUAUACAACCAUCGUCUCUGACCGUCCACGUGACUUUGGUAUUCUUAUGGCAGCCAAUCUGUCCUCUCCAUACACGGUCAAGUUCUCGGACACAGGGUUUCCAGAUAGUCUGAAGCAAUCUCUUGCCUUCCCUUUCGGUUUACCGGAUAUGUGGCAGCCAUUUGAUGAUGAUCAUCCAUUAGUCCUCGGCAACUGCACGCGUGAGGACUUCUGCUUGUACUUGUUCAGUGCCAGAGAACCUGGUUUGAAUGGAACAGAUAUAGUUAUAUUUGGAGAAAUUUCUAAAUGGGUAUCCAUGUCCCCUGAGAGAGUUACUAACAUUGUACAUGCCGAAAUAAACAUGCGAGUGGGUAUCAGGGGCAAACCUGGAGAAGAUGUUACCAUGGCAUUCUUGAUAAACAAUUCUACGCGCCAGUCUACAUGUCGUAUAGAUUCAUCGGGUACCGCCAUGUUGGAUGCCAUGUAGGGAUGCUUUCCAAGUCCCUCACCGUCAUACAGACCGACAUCAGAUCUGACAACGCAGAAUUAUUACUCUUCAGCUAUCGAUAUUCAUAAACAAGGAAUACUACUCUGUAUGAUAACCACAUUGUGGAGUUUAGUGAUUGUGUAGACAAACAUAUGCAUAGUCGUAGUGUGAUUUGUGUAAGACUUUCAAAAUACAUGAGGACAUGAACUGCGACUCUUCACGCCGUCAUACUUUUCAUGAAGUAUGCUAGUGUGAAACAUUGCUGUUUAUACCCAUAUGUAAUACCAAAAACGAAAUUUACUUUCUAUAAUUACAUUUCACUUUCAUUUCUGUCGGAAUUCCCAGUCAUUAAAAUAUUCGUACUAUAUU